AUGAUUGAAGAGUUCACCUUCCUUGGCGCUGAAUUGGAAAUGCUUGAGGCAAUGGAAAGUUCAGUCAAUGGUGGCUUCUCCCAUUUGCAGAGCUGCGGAGACAGCAGCGAGGAGGAGUUAUCGGUGCUGCCACGUCACACCAAAGUGGUGGUAACCGGAAAUAACCGUACCAAAUCGGUGCUUGUUGGUCUCCAAGGUGUUGUCAAGAAGGCCGUUGGUCUAGGAGGCUGGCAUUGGCUGGUUCUUACAAAUGGUAUUGAAGUGAAACUGCAGAGGAAUGCUCUUAGUGUGAUUGAAGCACCCACUGGUAACGAGGAAGAUGAUGACCUUGAAUUUGAAAAUAUGCAGUGGAAUGGAUCUGAUAUGGCAUCGGACGACACACAAAAGUCUCACAAAUCGAGACACAGAAUACAUAGAACAUUGGGAUCAUCUUACAAGACCCUGAGUAGGUCCUUCUCUGGCGAUUCCCACUCGAAGGGGUCCGUUUCUAUGCCUCAUGGGUCCACGAAGGUGGACUUGAGCAAACUUGAAAUGACUGCAUUGUGGAGAUAUUGGCGACAUUUUAAUCUUGUGGAUGCGGUCCCAAACCCAUCAAAAGAGCAGCUUGUAGACGUUGUUCAGAGGCAUUUCAUGUCGCAGCAAAUUGACGAGUUGCAGGUGAUUGUGGGAUUUGUCCAAGCUGCAAAGAGGCUCAAGACUGUAUGCAAAUGA